UGCACGGAUCGCCACUUACACACACACACACACACAGGACAUAGAGGAUACAAAGCUGGCAAAAAGAAAAGGCAACAACACGUUGAUAAGAUGCAACUGUUCGUCAUUUGCCUGCUGGCGGCCACUACAGCCGCCUUCACCCUCUUCGGCCCGCACAUUCGCAUCGUCCCAGGUGCGAAGCCCAACGAGAUCGUGCUACACUUCCGCAACCCGUGCAACAACAAGACCAGCAUCACGACCCUAAGGCCACCGCCGCCACCCUGCCAGCAACAUCCCACGACGCCGGCAUGCGAGCACAGGAUCACCAGUCCAGCACCCACGAAGACUCCCUGUCCGCACGGCACGACAACACCACAUCCAUGUGGCACUCCCACCACCCCGCCCAAUGACUGCGGACACCACACCACAACUCCACAUGACUGCGGGCCGGGGCCCACAACAAGCAAGGCUACGACUCUAAGGCCAACAUUCCAAACCACAAUACGGACAACGCAGAAACCCACAACACCAACGUCGGCCAAACCCACAGACGCAACAACGAAGCCAACGACUCUGAAACCAUCAGACACGACAACUUCUAAGCCCACAGAUGCAACAACGAAGCCAACGACUCUGAAACCAUCAGACACGACAACUUCUAAGCCCACAGAUGCAACAACGAAGCCAACGACUCUGAAACCAUCAGACACGACAACUUCUAAGCCCACAGAUGCAACAACGAAGCCAACGACUCUGAAACCAACAGACACGACAACUUCUAAGCCCACAGAUGCAACAACGAAGCCAACGACUCUGAAACCAUCAGACACGACAACUUCUAAGCCCACAGAUGCAACAACGAAGCCAACGACUCUGAAACCAUCAGACACGACAACUUCUAAGCCCACAGAUGCAACAACGAAGCCAACGACUCUGAAACCAUCAGACACGACAACUUCUAAGCCCACAGAUGCAACAACGAAGCCAACGACUCUGAAACCAACAGACACGACAACUUCUAAGACCACAGAUGCAACAACGAAGCCAACGACUCUGAAACCAACAGACACGACAACUUCUAAGCCAACAGAUGCAACAACGAAGCCAACGACUCUGAAACCAUCAGACACGACAACUUCUAAGCCCACAGAUGCAACAACGAAGCCAACGACUCUGAAACCAACAGACACGACAACUUCUAAGCCUACUGCUGCAACAACCAAGCCAACGACUCUGAAACCAUCAGACACGACAACUUCUAAGCCCACAGAUGCAACAACGAAGCCAACGACUCUGAAACCAUCAGACACGACAACUUCUAAGCCCACAGAUGCAACAACGAAGCCAACGACUCUGAAACCAUCAGACACGACAACUUCUAAGCCCACAGAUGCAACAACGAAGCCAACGACUCUGAAACCAUCAGACACGACAACUUCUAAGCCCACAGAUGCAACAACGAAGCCAACGACUCUGAAACCAACAGACACGACAACUUCUAAGCCAACAGAUGCAACAACGAAGCCAACGACUCUGAAACCAUCAGACACGACAACUUCUAAGCCCACAGAUGCAACAACGAAGCCAACGACUCUGAAACCAUCAGACACGACAACUUCUAAGCCUACUGCUGCAACAACCAAGCCAACGACUCUGAAACCAUCAGACACGACAACUUCUAAGCCCACAGAUGCAACAACGAAGCCAACGACUCUGAAACCAUCAGACACGACAACUUCUAAGCCCACAGAUGCAACAACGAAGCCAACGACUCUGAAACCAUCAGACACGACAACUUCUAAGCCCACAGAUGCAACAACGAAGCCAACGACUCUGAAACCAACAGACACGACAACUUCUAAGCCCACAGAUGCAACAACGAAGCCAACGACUCUGAAACCAACAGACACGACAACUUCUAAGCCCACAGAUGCAACAACGAAGCCAACGACUCUGAAACCAUCAGACACGACAACUUCUAAGCCCACAGAUGCAACAACGAAGCCAACGACUCUGAAACCAUCAGACACGACAACUUCUAAGCCCACAGAUGCAACAACGAAGCCAACGACUCUGAAACCAACAGACACGACAACUUCUAAGCCAACAGAUGCAACAACGAAGCCAACGACUCUGAAACCAUCAGACACGACAACUUCUAAGCCCACAGAUGCAACAACGAAGCCAACGACUCUGAAACCAUCAGACACGACAACUUCUAAGCCUACUGCUGCAACAACCAAGCCAACGACUCUGAAACCAUCAGACACGACAACUUCUAAGCCCACAGAUGCAACAACGAAGCCAACGACUCUGAAACCAUCAGACACGACAACUUCUAAGCCCACAGAUGCAACAACGAAGCCAACGACUCUGAAACCAUCAGACACGACAACUUCUAAGCCCACAGAUGCAACAACUAAGCCAACGACUCUGAAACCAACAGACACGACAACUUCUAAGCCCACAGAUGCAACAACGAAGCCAACGACUCUGAAACCAACAGACACGACAACUUCUAAGCCCACAGAUGCAACAACGAAGCCAACGACUCUGAAACCAACAGACACGACAACUUCUAAGCCCACAGAUGCAACAACGAAGCCAACGACUCUGAAACCAUCAGACACGACAACUUCUAAGCCCACAGAUGCAACAACGAAGCCAACGACUCUGAAACCAUCAGACACGACAACUUCUAAGCCCACAGAUGCAACAACGAAGCCAACGACUCUGAAACCAACAGACACGACAACUUCUAAGCCAACAGAUGCAACAACGAAGCCAACGACUCUGAAACCAUCAGACACGACAACUUCUAAGCCCACAGAUGCAACAACGAAGCCAACGACUCUGAAACCAUCAGACACGACAACUUCUAAGCCUACUGCUGCAACAACCAAGCCAACGACUCUGAAACCAUCAGACACGACAACUUCUAAGCCCACAGAUGCAACAACGAAGCCAACGACUCUGAAACCAUCAGACACGACAACUUCUAAGCCCACAGAUGCAACAACGAAGCCAACGACUCUGAAACCAUCAGACACGACAACUUCUAAGCCCACAGAUGCAACAACUAAGCCAACGACUCUGAAACCAACAGACACGACAACUUCUAAGCCAACAGAUGCAACAACGAAGCCAACGACUCUGAAACCAUCAGACACGACAACUUCUAAGCCCACAGAUGCAACAACGAAGCCAACGACUCUGAAACCAUCAGACACGACAACUUCUAAGCCCACAGAUGCAACAACUAAGCCAACGACCCUCAAACCAUCAGACACGACAACUUCUAAGCCCACAGAUGCAACAACGAAGCCAACGACUCUGAAACCAACAGACACGACAACUUCUAAGCCCACAGAUGCAACAACGAAGCCAACGACUCUGAAACCAACAGACACGACAACUUCUAAGCCCACAGAUGCAACAACGAAGCCAACGACUCUGAAACCAACAGACACGACAACUUCUAAGCCCACAGAUGCAACAACGAAGCCAACGACUCUGAAACCAUCAGACACGACAACUUCUAAGCCCACAGAUGCAACAACUAAGCCAACGACUCUGAAACCAUCAGACACGACAACUUCUAAGCCCACAGAUGCAACAACGAAGCCAACGACUCUGAAACCAACAGACACGACAACUUCUAAGCCCACAGAUGCAACAACGAAGCCAACGACUCUGAAACCAACAGACACGACAACUUCUAAGCCCACAGAUGCAACAACGAAGCCAACGACUCUGAAACCAUCAGACACGACAACUUCUAAGCCCACAGAUGCAACAACGAAGCCAACGACUCUGAAACCAUCAGACACGACAACUGCUAAGCCUACUGCUGCAACAACCAAGCCAACGACUUUGAAACCAUCAGACACGACAACUUCUAAGCCCACAGAUGCAACAACGAAGCCAACGACUCUGAAACCAUCAGACACGACAACUUCUAAGCCCACAGAUGCAACAACAGAGAAGCCAACGACUCUGAAACCAUCAGACACGACAACUUCUAAGCCCACAGAUGCAACAACGAAGCCAACGACUCUGAAACCAACAGACACGACAACUUCUAAGCCCACAGAUGCAACAACCAAGCCAACGACUCUGAAACCAUCAGACACGACAACUUCUAAGCCCACAAAUGCAACAACGAAGCCAACGACUCUGAAACCAACAGACACGACAACUUCUAAGCCCACAGAUGCAACAACCAAGCCAACGACUCUGAAACCAUCAGACACGACAACUUCUAAGCCCACAGAUGCAACAACGAAGCCAACGACUCUGAAACCAUCAGACACGACAACUUCUAAGCCCACAGAUGCAACAACGAAGCCAACGACUCUGAAACCAUCAGACACGACAACUGCUAAGCCUACUGCUGCAACAACCAAGCCAACGACUUUGAAACCAUCAGACACGACAACUUCUAAGCCCACAGAUGCAACAACGAAGCCAACGACUCUGAAACCAUCAGACACGACAACUUCUAAGCCCACAGAUGCAACAACAACGAAGCCAACGACUCUGAAACCAUCAGACACGACAACUUCUAAGCCCACAGAUGCAACAACUAAGCCAACGACUCUGAAACCAACAGACACGACAACUUCUAAGCCAACAGAUGCAACAACGAAGCCAACGACUCUGAAACCAUCAGACACGACAACUUCUAAGCCCACAGAUGCAACAACGAAGCCAACGACUCUGAAACCAUCAGACACGACAACUUCUAAGCCUACUGCUGCAACAACCAAACCAACGACUCUGAAACCAUCAGACACGACAACUUCUAAGCCCACAGAUGCAACAACGAAGCCAACGACUCUGAAACCAUCAGACACGACAACUUCUAAGCCCACAGAUGCAACAACUAAGCCAACGACUCUGAAACCAACAGACACGACAACUUCUAAGCCAACAGAUGCAACAACGAAGCCAACGACUCUGAAACCAUCAGACACGACAACUUCUAAGCCCACAGAUGCAACAACGAAGCCAACGACUCUGAAACCAUCAGACACGACAACUUCUAAGCCUACUGCUGCAACAACCAAGCCAACGACUCUGAAACCAUCAGACACGACAACUUCUAAGCCCACAGAUGCAACAACGAAGCCAACGACUCUGAAACCAUCAGACACGACAACUUCUAAGCCCACAGAUGCAACAACGAAGCCAACGACUCUGAAACCAUCAGACACGACAACUUCUAAGCCUACUGCUGCAACAACCAAGCCAACGACUCUGAAACCAUCAGACACGACAACUUCUAAGCCUACAACUACCAAGCCAACGACUCUGAAACCAUCAGAUACGACUACUUCUAAGCCCACAGAUGCAACAACGAAGCCAACGACUCUGAAACCAUCAGACACGACAACUUCUAAGCCCACAGAUGCAACAACGAAGCCAACGACUCUGAAACCAACAGACACGACAACUUCUAAGCCCACAGAUGCAACAACGAAGCCAACGACUCUGAAACCAUCAGACACGACAACUUCUAAGCCCACAGAUGCAACAACGAAGCCAACGACUCUGAAACCAACAGACACGACAACUUCUAAACCCACAGCUGCAACGACGAAGCCAACGACUCUGAAACCAUCAGACACGACAACUUCUAAGCCCACAGAUGCAACAACGAAGCCAACGACUCUGAAACCAUCAGACACGACAACUUCUAAGCCCACAGAUGCAACAACGAAGCCAACGACUCUGAAACCAUCAGACACGACAACUUCUAAGCCCACAGAUGCAACAACGAAGCCAACGACUCUGAAACCAUCAGACACGACAACUUCUAAGCCCACAGAUGCAACAACGAAGCCAACGACUCUGAAACCAUCAGACACGACAACUUCUAAGCCCACAGAUGCAACAACUAAGCCAACGACUCUGAAACCAACAGACACGACAACUUCUAAGCCAACAGAUGCAACAACGAAGCCAACGACUCUGAAACCAUCAGACACGACAACUUCUAAGCCCACAGAUGCAACAACGAAACCAACGACUCUGAAACCAUCAGACACGACAACUUCUAAGCCCACAGAUGCAACAACGAAGCCAACGACUCUGAAACCAUCAGACACGACAACUUCUAAGCCCACAGAUGCAACAACGAAGCCAACGACUCUGAAACCAUCAGACACGACAACUUCUAAGCCCACAGAUGCAACAACGAAGCCAACGACUCUGAAACCAUCAGACACGACAACUUCUAAGCCCACAGAUGCAACAACUAAGCCAACGACUCUGAAACCAACAGACACGACAACUUCUAAGCCAACAGAUGCAACAACGAAGCCAACGACUCUGAAACCAUCAGACACGACAACUUCUAAGCCCACAGAUGCAACAACGAAGCCAACGACUCUGAAACCAACAGACACGACAACUUCUAAGCCUACUGCUGCAACAACCAAGCCAACGACUCUGAAACCAUCAGACACGACAACUUCUAAGCCUACAACUACCAAGCCAACGACUCUGAAACCAUCAGACACGACAACUUCUAAGCCCACAGAUGCAACAACGAAGCCAACGACUCUGAAACCAUCAGACACGACAACUUCUAAGCCCACAGAUGCAACAACGAAGCCAACGACUCUGAAACCAUCAGACACGACAACUUCUAAGCCCACAGAUGCAACAACGAAGCCAACGACUCUGAAACCAUCAGACACGACAACUUCUAAGCCUACAACUACCAAGCCAACGACUCUGAAACCAUCAGACACGACAACUUCUAAGCCCACAGAUGCAACAACGAAGCCAACGACUCUGAAACCAUCAGACACGACAACUUCUAAGCCCACAGAUGCAACAACGAAGCCAACGACUCUGAAACCAUCAGACACGACAACUUCUAAGCCCACAGAUGCAACAACGAAGCCAACGACUCUGAAACCAUCAGACACGACAACUUCUAAGCCUACAACUACCAAGCCAACGACUCUGAAACCAUCAGACACGACAACUUCUAAGCCCACAGAUGCAACAACGAAGCCAACGACUCUGAAACCAUCAGACACGACUACUUCUAAGCCCACAGAUGCAACAACGAAGCCAACGACUCUGAAACCAUCAGACACGACAACUUCUAAGCCCACAGAUGCAACAACAACGAAGCCAACGACUCUGAAACCAUCAGACACGACAACUUCUAAGCCCACAGAUGCAACAACGAAGCCAACGACUCUGAAACCAUCAGACACGACAACUUCUAAGCCCACAGAUGCAACAACGAAGCCAACGACUCUGAAACCAUCAGACACGACAACUGCUAAACCAACGACUCUGAAACCAUCAGACACGACAACUUCUAAGCCCACAGAUGCAACAACGAAGCCAACGACUCUGAAACCAACAGACACGACAACUUCUAAGCCUACUGCUGCAACAACCAAGCCAACGACUCUGAAACCAUCAGACACGACAACUUCUAAGCCUACGACUACCAAGCCAACGACUCUGAAACCAUCAGAUACGACUACUUCUAAGCCCACAGAUGCAACAACGAAGCCAACGACUCUGAAACCAUCAGACACGACAACUUCUAAGCCCACAGAUGCAACAACGAAGCCAACGACUCUGAAACCAUCAGACACGACAACUUCUAAGCCCACAGAUGCAACAACGAAGCCAACGACUCUGAAACCAUCAGACACGACAACUGCUAAGCCUACUGCUGCAACAACCAAGCCAACGACUUUGAAACCAUCAGACACGACAACUUCUAAGCCCACAGAUGCAACAACGAAGCCAACGACUCUGAAACCAUCAGACACGACUACUUCUAAGCCCACAGAUGCAACAACGAAGCCAACGACUCUGAAACCAUCAGACACGACAACUUCUACGCCCACAGAUGCAACAACGAAGCCAACGACUCUGAAACCAUCAGACACGACAACUUCUAAGCCUACUGCUGCAACAACCAAGCCAACGACUCUGAAACCAUCAGACACGACAACUUCUAAGCCCACAGAUGCAACAACGAAGCCAACGACUCUGAAACCAUCAGACACGACAACUGCUAAACCAACGACUCUGAAACCAUCAGACACGACAACUUCUAAGCCUACUGCUGCAACAACCAAGCCAACGACUCUGAAACCAUCAGACACGACAACUUCUAAGCCUACAACUACCAAGCCAACGACUCUGAAACCAUCAGAUACGACUACUUCUAAGCCCACAGAUGCAACAACGAAGCCAACGACUCUGAAACCAUCAGACACGACAACUUCUAAGCCCACAGAUGCAACAACUAAGCCAACGACUCUGAAACCAUCAGACACGACAACUUCUAAGCCCACAGAUGCAACAACAACGAAGCCAACGACUCUGAAACCUUCUGAGCCUACAACAACCAAGCCAACGACUCUGAAACCAUCAGACACGACAACUUCUAAGCCCACAGAUGCAACAACGAAGGCAACGACUCUGAAACCAUCAGACACGACAACUUCUAAGCCUACUGCUGCAACAACCAAGCCAACGACUCUAAAACCAUCAGACACGACAACUUCUAAGCCUACUGCUGCAACAACCAAGCCAACGACUCUGAAACCAUCAGACACUACAACUGCUAAGCCCACAGAUGCAACAACGAAGCCAACGACUCUGAAACCCUCAGACACGACAACUUCUAAGCCUACAACAACCAAGCCAACGACUCUGAAACCAUCAGACACGACAACUUCUAAGCCCACAGAUGCAACAACGAAGCCAACGACUCUGAAACCAUCAGACACGACAACUUCUAAGCCUACAACUACCAAGCCAACGACUCUGAAACCAUCAGAUACGACUACUUCUAAGCCCACAGAUGCAACAACGAAGCCAACGACUCUGAAACCAUCAGACACGACAACUUCUAAGCCCACAGAUGCAACAACGAAGCCAACGACUCUGAAACCAUCAGACACGACAACUUCUAAGCCCACAGAUGCAACAACGAAGCCAACGACUCUGAAACCAUCAGACACGACAACUUCUAAGCCUACAACUACCAAGCCAACGACUCUGAAACCAUCAGAUACGACAACUUCUAAGCCUACUGCUGCAACAACCAAGCCCACGACUUUGAAACCAACAGACACGACAACUUCUAAGCCCACAGAUGCAACAACGAAGCCAACGACUCUGAAACCAUCAGACACGACAACUUCUAAGCCCACAGAUGCAACAACGAAGCCAACGACUCUGAAACCAACAGACACGACAACUUCUAAGCCGACAACUUCUAAGCCCACAGAUGCAACAACGAAGCCAACGACUCUGAAACCAUCAGACACGACUACUUCUAAGCCCACAGAUGCAACAACGAAGCCAACGACUCUGAAACCAUCAGACACGACAACUUCUAAGCCCACAGAUGCAACAACGAAGCCAACGACUCUGAAACCAUCAGACACGACAACUUCUAAGCCCACAGAUGCAACAACGAAGCCAACGACUCUGAAACCAUCAGACACGACAACUUCUAAGCCCACAGAUGCAACAACGAAGCCAACGACUCUGAAACCAUCAGACACGACAACUGCUAAGCCCACUGCUGCAACAACCAAGCCAACGACUUUGAAACCAUCAGACACGACAACUUCUAAGCCCACUGAUGCAACAACGAAGCCAACGACUCUGAAACCAUCAGACACGACAACUUCUAAGCCCACAGAUGCAACAACGAAGCCAACGACUCUGAAACCAACAGACACGACAACUUCUAAGCCUACUGCUGCAACAACCAAGCCAACGACUCUGAAACCAUCAGACACGACAACUUCUAAGCCUACGACUACCAAACCAACGACUCUGAAACCAUCAGAUACGACUACUUCUAAGCCCACAGAUGCAACAACGAAGCCAACGACUUUGAAACCAUCAGACACGACAACUUCUAAGCCCACAGAUGCAACAACGAAGCCAACGACUCUGAAACCAUCAGACACGACAACUUCUAAGCCCACAGAUGCAACAACGAAGCCAACGACUCUGAAACCAUCAGACACGACAACUGCUAAGCCUACUGCUGCAACAACAACCAAGCCAACGACUUUGAAACCAUCAGACACGACAACUUCUAAGCCCACAGAUGCAACAACGAAGCCAACGACUCUGAAACCAUCAGACACGACUACUUCUAAGCCCACAGAUGCAACAACGAAGCCAACGACUCUGAAACCAUCAGACACGACAACUUCUACGCCCACAGAUGCAACAACGAAGCCAACGACUCUGAAACCAUCAGACACGACAACUUCUAAGCCUACAACUACCAAGCCAACGACUCUGAAACCAUCAGACACGACAACUUCUAAGCCCACAGAUGCAACAACGAAACCCACAGAUGCAACAACGAAGCCAACGACUCUGAAACCAUCAGACACGACAACUUCUAAGCCCACAGAUGCAACAACGAAGCCAACGACUCUGAAACCAUCAGACACGACAACUUCUAAGCCCACAGAUGCAACAACGAAGCCAACGACUCUGAAACCAUCAGACACGACAACUGCUAAGCCUACUGCUGCAACAACCAAGCCAACGACUUUGAAACCAUCAGACACGACAACUUCUAAGCCCACUGAUGCAACAACGAAGCCAACGACUCUGAAACCAUCAGACACGACAACUUCUAAGCCCACAGAUGCAACAACGAAGCCAACGACUCUGAAACCAACAGACACGACAACUUCUAAGCCUACUGCUGCAACAACCAAGCCAACGACUCUGAAACCAUCAGACACGACAACUUCUAAGCCUACGACUACCAAGCCAACGACUCUGAAACCAUCAGAUACGACUACUUCUAAGCCCACAGAUGCAACAACGAAGCCAACGACUUUGAAACCAUCAGACACGACAACUUCUAAGCCCACAGAUGCAACAACGAAGCCAACGACUCUGAAACCAUCAGACACGACAACUUCUAAGCCCACAGAUGCAACAACGAAGCCAACGACUCUGAAACCAUCAGACACGACAACUGCUAAGCCUACUGCUGCAACAACCAAGCCAACGACUUUGAAACCAUCAGACACGACAACUUCUAAGCCGACAACUUCUAAGCCCACAGAUGCAACAACGAAGCCAACGACUCUGAAACCAUCAGACACGACAACUUCUAAGCCCACAGAUGCAACAACGAAGCCAACGACUCUGAAACCAUCAGACACGACAACUUCUAAGCCUACUGCUGCAACAACCAAGCCAACGACUCUGAAACCAUCAGACACGACAACUUCUAAGCCUACAACUACCAAGCCAACGACUCUGAAACCAUCAGAUACGACAACUUCUAAGCCCACAGAUGCAACAACGAAGCCAACGACUCUGAAACCAUCAGACACGACAACUUCUAAGCCCACAGAUGCAACAACUAAGCCAACGACUCUGAAACCAUCAGACACGACAACUUCUAAGCCCACAGAUGCAACAACGAAGCCAACGACUCUGAAACCAUCAGACACGACAACUUCUAAGCCUACAACAACCAAGCCAACGACUCUGAAACCAUCAGACACGACAACUGCUAAGCCCACAGAUGCAACAACGAAGGCAACGACUCUGAAACCAUCAGACACGACAACUUCUAAGCCUACAACAACCAAGCCAACGACUCUGAAACCAUCAGACACGACAACUGCUAAGCCCACAGAUGAUGCAACAACGAAGCCAACGACUCUGAAACCAUCAGACACGACAACUUCUAAGCCCACAGAUGCAACAACGAAGCCAACGACUCUGAAACCAUCAGACACGACAACUGCUAAGCCUACUGCUGCAACAACCAAGCCAACGACUUUGAAACCAUCAGACACGACAACUUCUAAGCCCACAGAUGCAACAACGAAGCCAACGACUCUAAAACCAUCAGACACGACAACUUCUAAGCCUACUGCUGCAACAACCAAGCCAACGACUCUGAAACCAUCAGACACUACAACUGCUAAGCCCACAGAUGCAACAACGAAGCCAACGACUCUGAAACCCUCAGACACGACAACUUCUAAGCCUACAACAACCAAGCCAACGACUCUGAAACCAUCAGACACGACAACUUCUAAGCCCACAGAUGCAACAACGAAGCCAACGACUCUGAAACCAUCAGACACGACAACUUCUAAGCCUACAACUACUAAGCCCACAGAUGCAACAACGAAGCCAACGACUCUGAAACCAUCAGACACGACAACUUCUAAGCCCACAGAUGCAACAACGAAGCCAACGACUCUGAAACCAUCAGACACGACAACUUCUAAGCCUACAACUACCAAGCCAACGACUCUGAAACCAUCAGACACGACAACUUCUAAGCCUACUGCUGCAACAACCAAGCCAACGACUUUGAAACCAUCAGACAUGACAACUUCUAAGCCCACAGAUGCAACAACGAAGCCAACGACUUUGAAACCAUCAGACACGACAACUGCUAAGCCUACUGCUGCAACAACCAAGCCAACGUCUUUGAAACCAUCAGACACGACAACUUCUAAGCCUACAGAUGCAACAACGAAGCCAACGACUCUGAAACCAUCAGACACGACAACUUCUAAGCCUACUGCUGCAACAACCAAGCCAACGACUUUGAAACCAUCAGACACGACAACUUCUAAGCCUACAACUACCAAGCCAACGACUUUGAAACCAUCAGAUACGACAACUUCUAAGCCCACAGCUGCAACAACGAAGCCAACAACGGAUGUGACGACAGAUCGAACAACCAGGAAGACGACGGAGAGACCAUCCACAACCACCACUGGGCAAACCACAGCAUCGCUUCCACCGUUCAACGUCUUCGAUGUUGACCGAUAAGUGGCGCCGACGACGACGACAGCGGCGUUUGCCUAGGC